AUGUCCAAUUCAUCUGAUACGCCAUGGACCGAGGAGGAGAAGAACACUCUACUCAGCGAAAUCCUCAAGAAAGCGGGCAUUCCGUCCAAUUAUCUACUUCGCAUAAUCAAUGAGUUCCGUAUCAGCCCUGACUGGGAGCAUAUCCCCUUGCCUCAAGGCCGCUCGCUCAGUCAAUGCAGAUUGGCCUUUGAAAACAUGCAAUUGCAAUUGAAAUCGCAAACACAGUCACAAGCACAAGCACAACCUCAAUCGCAAUCGCAAUCACCAUUCCAGCCUCAACCACAGCAACCUCAGGCUCAACAUCAACACCAAUAUCAACAGCCACCACAUCCAGCACCACCACCAACAGCAGUCCCAAUCCCCCGCCCAGAAGCACCAGGAACACCCUCCAGUAUAGACGCAAACCUUCGCAAACGACCCCUCUACCCCGCCGAAAAACCACUCGCUCCACGCGCAAUCCAACCCCGCCCCCCAGCAAGCACAGCCUCCUACAGCAGCGAAAGCUCUGCCCAACUAUCCCCACGCCUCGACACAACAUCAACGGGCGAACCACCCCGCAAACGCGGCCGACCCAGCAAAGCCGAGACCGAACGACGCAAAGCCGCCGCCGAAGCUCGCGGCGAGACCUAUCCACCCCCUCGUCGCGCAAACCCAAACCGCAUGAGAAUCCCACCAUCACCAACCAGUCCAGCGGGUCCAUAUCCAGUACCGACAGCUCCAGGCCCAGCCUCGCAUCCCGUCCACGGACCCAACGCAGGACUAAUCCCCUACGACGUCCCGGGUCCUAGACCCCUCGCGCCGGCACCGUCUAUACCAGGUGCAAGUUCAUCGCCCAGCUCCAAUCCCAAUCCCAGCGAACGCCGCGAUAUACCAAACCGCAGCAUGGGCCCUAAUAUGCGCGAACUCCCCCGGCCGACGGAGAUGGGUCAUCCAGGCCAUCCGUUGCCCUCCCCGCAUGCCUUGCAAUUAGGGACGUUGCAAUUAGGACCCCCGGACCCCUUUCCGCGGUUGAAUAGUAAUCCUGGCGAGAGGAGUGCUUAUGGUGCUAUUCCGCCGGAUCGCUUUUCGCCGCCGGAUAGUGGGCGCAGAGACUCGGUUGCUAGUCGCGGUGAACGUGAGCGGGAGAGAGAGCGUGAGCGCGAGGGGAUGGGGUCGUAUGUUGAGGCGAGGAGUAGUACGACGCCUGGCGAGAAGGCGUUGAGGUAA